AUGAAUCCAUUCUUUAAGCGAAAUUCAUAUCAAAGCGAAACUUCAAGCAGUGGAGACCCAAUAAAUUUAUAGCCCACCAUAUUUAUUAAUAAUAACUAUAAUUAAAAGAAAGAAUUAGCAACAAUGAUAGAUUAGUAGAAUUACAUUAAUAAAGAAAAUAGUAAUGAUGCAAAUAUUUAAGCCUAAUCUCAAUUUGCAGGACGUAAAAUAUCUACCACUCAAAAUAUCACUGUGAAGACUUCAAAAAAUAAAAAAUUCCCUAUUCCUUUAAUGCAAAAGUCAAUAAAGUAAAGAAUUGGAGAUUAAUUUGGAUAAGCAUAUAUAGUUAGAGAAGACUUGGAUUUUGAUAGCCCUGAAAUAUAUGCUCCUAAUAUGACAAUUGAAUCUAUUACAGAUAAAAAUAAAUAAGGAAAGCAAACAAGAAGCAGCACUUCUAAGCAUGUGCCAACUCAAUCAACAAAAAGCAAAAGUUCUCAAAAGAAUUCAUCUAGAUAGCCUAACACUACUAAAUCUAACCCAAAUUGUUAAAUUGAUCUUUUUUUUAAUCACCUAAACGAGUACCCUCAAUCUAAUUAGCAAAAGCUUGUAUAAAAUGUAAAUUCAAAUGGAUACUUAAAUGGUCAGCAGUAACAAUAAGCAUAGAUAACAAAAAAAGCAUAGGAAAAGAAUGGCCAUGAAUAGCACUCACAUAAAAGAACUGUAUCCAAGCAUAAUGGAGGAAAUAAGAGCACAGUAGCUCUAUCAAAUGCAGGUGCAAAGAAGAAAUCUAAAAAGAAAACAAUAUCAUUAAAAGGCUUGAAUAAUACACAAACAACUUCUUCAGACAUGAACACCAUUUCAUAAAUUCCAUCUGACUCUAUUAAUAUAUUUAACUAAUUCGUUCCACCUUCAUCAGUCCAUUAAUAGUAGUCUCAUAACCAAUAAAUUAACUUUAAUGGGAAUUAAUCUGUUACAAGUUAAAGAAGUAACAAUCAUCAUGCUCUUUAACAACUGAAUCUUCUUAGCUAAAAUCAAAAUAAGUAAGGAUAAGACGGCACUGCUUUUUAUCAAAACUAAUAAAAUAAUAGUUUUUGUUCAAAUUAAUUUUAGUAGAACUAAAUCAAUAUGAAUCAGUAUAAUAAUUUGAAUAAUGAAAACGGUUAAAUUUGUCAUACUUCAAAUACUGCUACAUUUGAAGCUCAUGGGACUAUAGAUGUUGAAGACUAUAAAAUAAAUGGCAAUAGAAAAAAUAAUUAGAUUUUUGGUUACCAAAAUGAAGAUAGAAAACAACGUACAAGUGCUUCAAAAAAGAAAUUAAAUGCCUCCAAAAGGUAGUCUUCGAGAUCAAAAAGUGCAGGAAAAAAAAGUUUAUCUAAAGUUAAUGCAAGUAUGAGCUAAGUAAAUACUACUUUUACAAAAUCUAAGUAGGUUGAUUUAAAUAAAACUGACACUCUUAAUGUCACAAAUAAAUCCUUUAGUUAAACAAACAACAAAAAAAAGACCUAAAGAAGCCCAAGUGGAGGUCAUCAAAAUUCUAACUUAAAUCAAAUAAGCAUCGAUAAUAUCAAAAAGAAAAAAAUUUAAGAAAUUAUUUAAAAGUAAAUCGAGCUCGAAAAUGAAAAGAAAAUUUAAUAAAAGAAACUGUAACUUCAAAUUGAUAAUGAAACUAUUAGGAUUAAUAAUGGAUAAAGAUUUUUGAAAUAGAAGGCUAAGAAAGAUGAUCCUAAAUUUCCUUGGGGAUUUAACUAAUAAAAAAGAUUCUCAUAGCACAGAUCAGAAAAAAGCUAAGAAAGAAUCAACAAUCUUAAUAACACAUAAAAGUAUGAUGAAACAAAAAGAAGAGAGCUUUUUGGGCUUAGCUUUUUAAAUAAGAUAGAUGAAAAUACCUUACAAAGUAUUAAAAAAAAAAAUUAAGAAUAAAAAGAACACAAAGAGUAACAAUUUGAGCAUCACCAUAGUAAUAGGGCUUAAAAGACUUUGGAAGAACAUUAAAAUAUUUUAGCUUUCAUGGAAUAUUAAAAAAAAAGAUAAAUAGAGAAAAGUAAAGAAUUAGAAUAGGAGAAAAAAGAAAUUUAAAAGAUGAAAGUUGAGAAUUUAAAAAAAUUAAAUGAUACUAUUAAAAGGUAAUAAAGAUCUUCACGUUCUAAAUCUGUUUAAAAGAAAUCCUUUAUUAUGAACAUAAACGAUAACUAACAGAGUUAGAAUAGUUAUUAUUAAAUAAGAUAGGGACGAAGCACUUCUGAGGAUGCCUACGCUCUAUAAAGAGUUCCCUCAGACUUCAUCAGAUAAUAGCAAGUUUUACAUAAUAAGUUAUUUUUACAGCAAAAUACAAUUAUUAAUUAACAACAAAGUGACAUAAAAAUUGAUAUUGAAGCUCUUGAAAAUGAAUAAAAUAGUGAUAGAAAGUUUAGUUUGUUAAAUAAUGAAUGCAAGAGUAUAUUGCAUUAAGCUAAAUUAGAGUAAAAUUUAAAGCAAUAAAAUUUAAACUUGUCUAUCGUGUCAAAUAAAGGAGAUAAUACUAACCAAACUUUACACUAAAAUUAUAUGUAAGUAGGAAGUCACCCUGGAAAGAUGAGCUCUGGAUAAACUAGUCUACAUAGCUUUAUAACAAAAAAUAGUAAAGAAACUUCAAAUUAAAAAGUACUUUAAGAAUCAAAUAGAAAUCAAAUUAUUCAUUAAAAAUUUGAGCAAUAUUUAAAUAUUUAAAAGAGGCUUUAAUUAUUAUAAGAUUAAAUGCUACAAAAACAACAACAACAAUAAUAGCUAUAAAACUAAGUAAUUAUCUAAAAUUAAGGAGGUAAUUAGUAAUAAUAAUAAUAACAACAAUUAGCACUCUAAAGCGUUGAUUAAUACUUAUAUGAAAUUUAAAACUAACUUUAAAAUUAAGAAAACAACUAUCAUGAAAAUACUCAAAAUAUGUAUUAUAUUUAGCAUCCUGAAGAAAGUUAAAAUAAUAAUUUCUAGUCAAGUAAUGAGAACUAGCACAUACCCUCUGAAAGUGAUGUGGAUCCUAGAUUGGUAUUGGAAUCUUCUUCUUCAUCAAUAGAUUCAGAUUACUCUUAGAGAAAAAAUAUUAAAUACCAGUAACAAUAGUAGAACAAUAUAUAAUAAAAUGGAGCUCCAAUUUAAAAUCCUUCUAAACAAAACUACUCUAACAGAUACUCUAAUUAGGAUAGCUAAAUCAACUACGAAAAUCACUCUUCUAAUAGAUUGAAUGAAGAAGUUAAUUAAGGAGAAUAUGAAAUAGAUAAUUAACAAAUUCAUAUUAUAUCUCCCUUGGAAUUUAAUAGAGGACCAUCAGAUGUUUUAUCUUCGUAAAAUGAAUCUUCUAGAAACUAAUAAUGGAACCAAAAUUUAGUUAGUAAGGAUUAAAAUAUAUAAUUUAAUGGUGAAUUUGAACAAGAUAUGGAAAACUCUUAAUCAAAGCAAAUUUCUUCUGUUUCAAAUUAGAAAAAUCAGAGAUCGGAUUUCAUGUAUAACUAAAGCAGCUAAAGCUUCCAUGAUAUCAAAGACAGUUCAAGAUAAUAAAUUGGAAAUAGUGGAAAAAUCGAUGAUUCUAGUAAAUCUAAUAAAAUAUAAAAGAAGCAAUACGAAUAUGAAGAUCCAGAUUAUGAUAACGAUGAUGAAGAAUUGCAACAAAUCAAGUAAAUUAGAGAUAUCGAACAACAAGCAUUGCUAAAUUCUACAAAUGCAAAUUUAAACAAAACAAAUAAUGUUUCAAUUAUUUCUAAUUAGCCAUUAAUUUUAAAUAACAAUAUAAGUAAAGAGUAAAUGCAACAGGCCGCUAUGCUUAUUUAAAAAGUCUGGAAAGGCUACUACACUAGAAUUAUUCUCGGCUAUCGUCUUUAACAGAUUUAAUAAGAAGAAAAUGAUGAAAGCUUUGACCUGACCGAAGAGUAAGAAGAUGAACUCUUGAAAAUGUAGAUACUUUAAUAUUUAUAAGAAAGCAAUGAAUAAUGGACUCAAGAAGAAUUUGAGGAAUAUUUCUUAAAGUUCAAGCAAAAAAAUGCUAUUGAAAAAGAAAAAAGGAGAUAAAAAAAGUAGCUCUAAAAGCAAGCUUAAAUGCAACAACAAGCAUAACAUUAUUAAUAAUCAGCUUCAGCUAAAAAGAGUGUUGUUAAUGAAAGCUAAAAUGAGAGAUCAGUCAAAUAAGAAUAUGAAAAUAAGUUACACGAUAGCUCAGAAAAUAAACACAUUGUUCAUUCCUCGAGCUCUUAUGAUCUUUAACACAUGGAUUCUAGAAAAAAACAAGAGAAUUCAUCUUAAGAAAAUGAAAUAGAAAAAAUCAUUUCAAAUUAGCAUCACUUACAUUUAAACUCUCUUGCUGAUCAAAAGGUUUCAACUUCAAAUAAAUAAACAGACGAAAUACUAAACACUGAUGAUUUACUCAUGGAUGAAGAAUAGUAUAUUAAAUCAGCACAGAGAUAUUAAUACAUUAAAGAAAACUAACCUCAUUUGAUUGACAAUUAAGUUGAAAUUAACUAUGAUGAACUUAUGAAGCUAGGUUAAAACCCUUCCAAAUUCAGUCCCGGAGAUCAUUAAAAAAUUUAGCAAUAAAAAAUGAAUAUCCCUUUCCAUCCAAUCGAUCCUAGGUAUCAAGCCCAGCAAAAAGAAAUGCAAAAGGUUUAGGAGUAAAAUACUUAUGAAAUGGAAAGCAGUGAGGGUCACCAACAAUAUGAUUACGAAGAUGAUUAAGAAUACGAAAAUGAAGAAAUAGAUGAUUAACAGAUUUUGAAUUUUUUGAAACAAGGAAUAAAUUUGAACCACUUAGGAGGUAAAGAAACAUUUGACAUUUAGAAUAAAAAGCUAAUAAUUUAAGAUGGAGAUGGACUUUAUGAAUUAGAUCUCUCUUAGUUGCCUGGUAUUAAUAAUCUCCAUUUCAAGGAAGAUUAAUAUGCCUAAUCUAACAGAGAUUAAUAAAAAUCUGGAUAAAAAUACAGUGAUAUAGAAGACUUAGAUUCAUAUUCUUAAAGGAACAAAUUAAAUACAAAAGAAGUAGGUUAAGGCGAGGAGGAAUAUGUUAAUUUUGGUAACGAAGAGGAUGAAGACGAUGAUGACAGAGAACUCGCAGAAAUUAACAACAAUAUUAAAUAAAUUGAAUCUACCAAUAAGGAGAAGGAAUUCAAUAAGUUGUAAAAUAUAUCCAAGAACAGAAAAGUUAAUCUAGGAAUAGAAAUUGAUGAUGAUCCAACUUACAAUGAUUCAGCUUAAAUAAACUUCUUGAAUAAUAAUAUUUAAAAUUAAGCAGCUAGCAAAAAGAGAGAGUAGUAACAAUUACCUAAUUAAGCAAAUAACCAAAAGAGUGUAAAUGGAUAAUUAUAUGAGAAUUAGUAAGCUGACCAAUCUCAGUAAUAAUCUUCUGCUAAAAGUAAAUAUGAGGGUGAAAAAAGUCAAGAUCACACAGGAGAAAAAAUUAAAUAAUACAACCACUACAUGGAAAAUUUGGAAUUUUCUGAGAAAAAGGCAGCUUCUGCUCAUCAAUAAUCUCAGUCUAACGACUAUAAUAAUAGUCAUAAUCAAGAAGGAGAAGGUGAGGAAGAAUUCGAAGAGUACGAAAUCGAUUUUGAAUAAUUGUUGAUGAAGGAUAAAUACUAAGACGAAGAAGGUAACAUUUUCAUAAUUGAAAACGGAGAUAAAAUUUAUUUGGGGGAAGAAGAAAUUGAAGCCUUAAAUGAAUAUGCUGCUUAAUUUAUGCAAAGUAAAAGAGUGAAAGAGGAUAAUUCUUUCGAAAAAGAUAAUGACGAAGAAGAAGUAGACGAAUAAGUUGAUUAUGAUGGUUAGCAUCAUUUAGAAGACUAAUAUGAUGACGAAUAAUUAGAUUAAGAAGAAGAAGAUGAAGAUAUCUAUGAUAACCAUAUUUAGAACUAAAUGAAUAAUUACCACAAUAGGGAUCAGUACGACGACGAAGAUGACAACCAUACUCCUGACGAAGCCUAUAAUGAAGAAACUCUAACUGAUUAAUAAUGCCUAUAAUAGGAAUAACCUGAAGCUAAUUUUAACAAAAUCGGCUCCUCUUCUUCUUAAAAUAAUAAAGAAAAACAAGAAUAAUAAAAUAUAUAAUAAUAAGCUAACUAAAAAUAAAUUAAUAAUUAAGAUAAUCAAAUAUAAACAACUUUCAACAAUUAAAAAAAUUAAAAUACAAAUAUUCACCAAAACGAUGAUGUCACUGAUAUUGAUUUUAUUGCUAAGCAACAACAACAACAAAAAUCUUUUUAAAAUUUUGAAAAUAAUUCUAUACAAACCCAUGAAAAUAUUAAUAAAAACUAAACAUCUUAACAACGUGAUGAGUUAUUAAAAGAGUUUUCUGUUUCUUAGCAUAGCGAAAAUUAAAUUUUUAACAACAGCAAUCAAAAUUAAAGUAUCAACAGCCAAGACAAUUUUUAGAAUGGCAAUAACUUAAAUAAAACAAAUCAAAAUAAUCUCAAUAUCUCAAAUUAAAAUAAUUUCAAUUUAAAUAAUUAAAAUUUCAAUAACUUAAUUUAAAUUAAUCCCAAUAGUAAUAGUUAAAAUUCUAAUAGUAGAAAUUAGAAUCUUAAUAAUAGCAAUUAAAAUUUUAACAGUCCCUAAAAGAGUUAAACCCAAAAUUUCAACAAUGAAAUAUUAAACAGUGAUUUCAAGCAGAAUGACUUAUCUUAAAUUUCAUAUAAUGAAUUCAAGUAAUUGCAAUCAGAUUUAAAAACAAAAUAGGAAUAAAUAAAAUAAUGGGCUGACAUUGUCAGUAUGCUAUAAGAAUACGAUUAGAAUAACCCACAGUCUCUCAUUGAACAAAUAAAGUUAAAAUCUUAACAGAACUUCUAAUAGCUGGCUAAUGAAUUAAAGAAUUAAGAGGGAUUAAGUCAAUAAAUAUUAGAAAGCCCUUAACCCUUAUUAAAGGAGUAAGAAAAAUCACCAAUAACUAAUGAUGAUAACUCAAAGAGCUAAAGAAGUGCUAAGAAAAAACUUGUGAUUGACGUAGAUAAAAUAGAAGAUGAAUUUCUAUAAAAAGUUAGGCAAUAAACAUUCUCUGCAUAAGAUAUGCAUUAACUUAAAAAAGAUCAGAAGACAAAAAGUUAAUCUUAACUGGUUUAAUCAUAAGAUCAAGUUAUCGAAUAUGACAGCUAGAGUUCAGAAGAUAUCACAUCAGCAUCAAAGCUCAAAAGAAAAUUCAUUUAGCAAAGGGGAUCUAACAUAGACUCACUAAUACCUUCUUUCUAAUUCUCUUCAAAAACUUUAAAAUCAAUGGCAACUCCUGGAAAAAUAAACACUGAUUCUGAAGAAAAUGAAGAUGGAAGCUCUGCUACUGGUAGUCUUUUUGAGGAGGCUCCUUUCCUUGUUUUUUAUCAAAAGUACCGUGAAGUAAUGAAAACUGAUUCUAUCAAUCAGAUAUUAAAGUUUAGAGAACAAGCUUUAAUCAAGAGACACAACAUCGAAGAAAAGAAUCUGAAAAAGAAUCUAGAAAUUAAUCGCAUUUCUCCCAGAACUUAUGACAUUAAGAGAUUAGAGCUUGAAAAAAUGGUCACAAAAGAAAGAGAGUAGAUUCAUAAAACAAGAUAAGAUAUCGAGAGGACUUGGAAUCAAACAGCUCAAACUAUAGCAAGAACUCAAAGAGAUCUCAUGUUUUUAAAAAAAGUAAAAGCUAAUCAAGAAAUGAAUCCCACACACACUCAUAAUCCUCAUUAAAUGCUUUUGCUUAAUAUGAAUACUCCACCUCCUUUGUUUACUGAGGGUAAUGAGAUUUUAAGUUCUCGCAACCCGAUGUACAGCAGCUAAAGCUCCAGUGCUUUUAAAUAAAGAAGAGUAUUGUUUAAAUCAGAAAGUGAAACAGAAACAGAAGGAAGCUGGAAACACUACAAUAGAAAUAUGAGAUACAAUUUAAAUGAUAUUAAAACACCUGAUAAUAACUAUAGCCAGAAUAUAGUUGUGAUUGAUUCUUAUGAGCCAAUUGAUAUUUCUAAAAAAAAUAACAAUAAAUAAUAAGAUAAAUCAAUAAAUUUCUCUAAAACUCUAGGUUCUACAAUCACAGGCAGUUUAGAUGAGAAUAAUAGUUAGAUAGUUAAUACAAAUCGUAGUCAUGCUAAAGUAGAGUAAAAUUCUUCAGCUAGAUAACGUAGCUCUUCUUUAACUUCUGAAAGGCUAAAAACUGAUUAAUCUUAAAGAAAAUAUAGUUCUGAGAAUUCAGAAGGCGAUGCUCACUAAAAUAAAAAAAAGGCUGAUUUAUUAAAUUAAGAUAAAGAUUUGGAUUAAUAUGAAGAUGAUUUUGAUGUUGACAUUAAUGAAGAUAUUGAUUAAUCAAGUGACUCUAAAAUUCUUUAAAAGAAACUUAAAGAAAUGAAUAUCCAAAAUUAAUUUGAAGCAGACUUUUAGGAUUUAUAAAAAGAGAGAGAAGAAUUUGAAGAAAAUUAUAAAGAUUUAGAUACAACAGAGAAGAAAAAUAUUUAUGAGAAAACUGAUUUUUCUCUGGAUGACUAGUAAGUCAGUUAAGAGAUUUUUGAUGAAAAAAAUAUUUACACUUCAUCUAGAAAGUUAUAUGAUGUUUUAAUCCAUAAGCAACCUGAAGAGUAUUUUAACUAAUUGCUUUAGUAGACUCCUGCUAAUAACGUUUAAGACAGUGCAGAUAGCAAACAAUUUAGUUAGGAAUCCAUCUAAGAUAGAGCACAAAAAUUAGUAAAUCAUACUGACUCAGAUGGUACAGAUUAAUCUAAAGAAUUUAAUAGCAUAUCAAGUUCUUAGAAAGAAGCAAAUAUCAUACAAAAGAAAUUGUUUAAUAAAAAUGAUCAAUUUGAGUAGGUAACUGCAAGCUAUGAUGCACCAGAAGUUGACUUUGAAAACUUAAGUGAAAACAGAUCUCUUGAUAUGAACUCAUCUGUUUUCUAAAAGACACCUGCUCAAAUAACUAAAAAUAACAAAAACGGUAUUAAAGGUAUUGGAUAACGCAACUAUAGAGAAUCUCAUGAAAAUGGAGAAUUCAGCUCAGAGAAUAUGUUUUGCUCUGCAUCAAGCAAUCUACAAGGAGUCAUACAAGAAAAAAAUGCUACUGUUCUUUCUAGCUUAGAUUGGGAGGGGUAGCUUAGUGCGAGAUAAAGCGCAGAAGAGAAUGAUUUAAAGCAUUCAGGAAAUAAAAUAUUGUAAAAUCAAGCAGCAGGACGAAAUCCAAGCACAUUUGAAAAGAAAAGUAACAAUAAUGCUCCAUAAGGCAACAAUAAUAUUUUGAUGGCUGAAGAGUUAGAUACAAAUAUUGAACAAUAUCAUUUAUAAAACACAAGUUACUAAAACCAAGUUUAAAAUCUCUGUGCUAAUUAUCAUAAUAAUUACUCUUUAACAGAAAGCAUAAACACUUGUUAUGGUUAAUUAAGUACUAAUAGUGCCAUUGCAUAAUAAAUAUAGUAAAGUAAUCAGAUUCAUUCUUCAUAUAAGUAAAUAUUCCCUAAAUCAUCUAAUAAAUCUUCAGCAGAGAAAUUCUCUGAUUUUAACUACUCUUCUUCAAAAGAAUGUACCUUAAACUUUGUUGAUGACCAAGAUACUGCAUAGAAGCAGAAGAGAGACUUGUAAACUUAGAAUACUCAAUAGUAAUAGCAAAAUCAAUAAGGAUUUAUCUACGACAUAUAAGAUGAUGAUUAUGAAAUAGAUCUUGAAUAUGAAGCUUCUGCAAACAAAUAAAAAUCUAUUGCCCCUCUUUAAAAAUCAGAUAAUAAAGGAAAGAUCUUAAACACUAAAUAAGUUCCUCUCUAAACACCAAUCGAAGAAGAAGAACUCACUUAAGGAAAAGAUGUAAAUAUACAAAAUUUAUCAUGCAAAUAUGACAGUGAAGUCUUUGUUGAAGAAUCUGUAGAUGAUUAAGAAAAAGACAUCUUAUAGUUUUCAAACCUAAUUAAUCCAAAUGCUAUUUAAAACAUGCAGCCUUUGAAUACUGUUGAAGAUAGUAUCACUGAAGAAAGUGAAAUAGCAGAAUAAGUUCACAUAAAGUAGAGUACUAGUUUACCAAAUAGAGAAAUAAAUGAUGAUGAACUUCCUUCAUCUUAUGUAACUAAAGACUAGUUCGUUGAUUCUUAAGAGAACUAAGAAGAUUAUGAUUAUGAAGAAAGUGCUUUAUCCGUUAAUGCAUUUAAUACUGAGCUAUAGUUAAAAGAAUUACAAUAAAAAACAGUUAAAAAUUAAAACGUAGAUUUCCUUUGUGAUGAUUUGAUUAAUAGUUUGAUGGACGAAGCAACAGAAGAAUUCAGUAAAAAUGAAGAAAUCAAAAGAAAGUUAAAAAAUUGCUCAGAAUAUUUCGAAACUCUUUAAUAAGCAUAAAAGUAUCAAAGCUAUUAAGAUCAAGAAAAUGAAGACGAGGAAGCAAUAAUCUAAGAAGAAUUAAGUAUAGCACAAAAAGAAUAUGGAUAACCUUCUUACAGCCUUAAAUAAAGAUUAAGAGGUAUUCAAACUUAAGUCUCUGCUAUUAGGGAAUACUUAUCUAAGCUUAGUGAAUACAUAAUUGAAAAUUAUUUGGACACAUUUGUGGAGCGUAUAAAUUAUAGUUUGGGUCCUACUGCUAUUGAGAUGUUAAGAUUUUUGCAUUUUACUGACUAAAAUAAUAGCUUAGAUAGCUAAUUAGAUAACUCUUCGGAUUUCUCAAUGCAGCAUUCAGCUGUACUUAUUACAGACUUGUAUUCUACUUUUGAAAUGCUUCUUCUCGAGGAAAAGAAAUAAAAGAAAUAAUAGUAAAAGCUUGAAAGAGAAUAGAAUGAAUAGUCAGAAAAUUAUGUAUGUGAUGAUACAGAUGAAGAAGAUAUUGUUCUCUCUGAAUAGCACAAAGUUAGUUUGAAAGAUAUCACUCAUAUCCACAAUAAAGUCAUUUUCGAUGCAUUUAACGAAGCUCUUGAUAACCAUAGGUUAUAUGGACUCAAAGGACGUCCAUUCCCAUGGAAAGUUGAUGCUACUAAAAUUAAUAAUGCUCCUAUUACCCAUGAUAAAGUUCCAUCAAUAUUAAGGAAAUCAGUGACUAAAGUUAUUGAAUGGGCUGAAUGCCAAUGCGGAUUUAUAUUUGACAGACCAGAUGCUUAACUACCUACAAACUAGACUCUGAAUGAAGAAUAUAUCUCUAAAAUAAAAGAAAAAAGACUAACUGAUAUGCUACAUUCAGAAGUUAAAGAAGCAGAAGAGAAAUGGAUCAUUUAUGAUGAUGAAUACACUGAAAUAUAAGUUGAAAUCUCAGAAUUGGUAUUUUAAGAACUGUUGUUUGAAUUCGAAGGCGAGCUAAGUAAAAUAAAUAAUAAAAAAUUAGGGCUCGAUUAGAAUAUUAAUAAUGAAAAUAAUAAUUGA